GUGAAGUUCGGGAAGUGAAGGUGUCUGAAGCAGUCCAGGCAGGAGCAGCAGCAUUACUCAGUGGCUCACGAGAAUUUACAGUCAUGGCAACACUGCAACAGGAAGAUCGAAAUGCAGGCACCAUCCUAGCCUUCUCCCGUGGCAACCAACGGUAUCUGGAGUUACAGUCGUCCGGCAGAAAGGACGAGAUUCGCUUACAUUACAUACACAAUGGUGCUGUUCAUGUUGAAACCUUUCCUUAUCGCAUUGCAGAUCAACGCUGGCACAAGGUAUCAGUGGUGGUGAGCGGUACCGAGGUAGAGGUAUGGGUAGAUUGUUCUCGCGUGUAUCGCCGUUUAGCCCCACCCCCUAUGACCAACCUGACGGCCUUGGCUUCCCUGGCCCCACCUAUUGAUCCUGCAGAUCCCACACUCAGUCAAGAUCCCACCUUUCGUGAUGCUCCCAUGGCGCUCUAUUUGGGGCAACGUAAUGCCAAGCAUUUUUUGUUCAAGGGAGCACUACAGGAUGUGCGUUUAGUGUCUGGGGCAGCAGGUUACCUGUUGCAGUGUCCUCAAGCAGAUGCUGAAUGUCCAACCUGCGGACAGUUUCAGGCCCUGUCUGACCAAGUUGACCAGCUACAGCAGCUUGUUACACAGUUGGCAACUCGGCUGACUGCAUCAGAAGCACGGCUGGCUGCUGUAGAGGAAUGUGACUGUCAGAGAUCGUGUAGGGUGAAUGGUACUGUUAGACAGGAUGGUGCUACAUGGAAGAGUGGCUGCGAAAUCUGCUCUUGUGUGCAUGGUGAGGUAACUUGUCGACCAAUCCCAUGCCCAGCCAAGACAUGCAAGAACCCCGUGUACACUGAGGGAGAGUGUUGCCCCGUAUGCCUAAAACAAUGUUCACUGAAGGGUGUAGUAUAUGACCAUGGGGAGACUGUGUCGCCACGGCAAUGUGUAGAUUGUGAAUGUCGAGAUGGCAAGAUGCAAUGUCGACGGGUUGACCCUGAAGAAACUUGUCCGACCCUUCAUUGUCCUGAUGAUCAGCAGUUUUCAGUUCCAGGGCAGUGCUGCAAAUUCUGCCCUGGCGUUGAUUACUGUGCACAGGGUCAUGACUGCCAUCCCAAUGCAACAUGCAUCAAUCUUCAGACAACCUAUGCAUGCCAUUGUAAUGCUGGGUUCACUGGCAAUAAUGGUCGAACUUGUACAGAUAUUGACGAGUGCCGUGAGGUUGGUGCACACCAUGGUCAUUACUGUCAAGCUCACACCCACUGUGUUAACACUGUGGGCUCCUAUGUCUGUCAGUGUGAGUCUGGCUAUGUACGUGUAGAUGAAUUAACUUGUGUAGAGCGGGACGAAUGCAGCGAGGGAGCCCAUCAGUGUCAUGAGCAUGCCUCAUGCACAAAUACUCGUGGCGGGUACCACUGCACGUGUCAUGCGGGUUAUACUGGAGAUGGAUUUAAUUGCAAACCUAUAUGUAAUACUACAUGUGAGAAUGGUGGAGUUUGCAUUUCGCCUGGUAAGUGUGAGUGCCGACGAGGCUUUAGGGGACUGGCCUGUGAAUUAGAUGUUGAUGAGUGUGCACUGGAACUCCACCACUGCCAUCAAAACUCUCGCUGUGUUAACCUCCCUGGCUGGUACACUUGCCACUGCCUCCUAGGGUACACCUCCCUCUUAGCAGAUAACAGCCAAGGCCUUCUUUGCCAAGAUGUGGAUGAGUGUAGUGCGGGAACAGCUACCUGCCAUGAGUCGGCUACCUGUGUAAACACAGAAGGAUCCUUCUUAUGUACCUGUGAAAAUGGCACUACCUGUUCCCAUGGGUGCGUGGUGAAUGGAUUAGAGCGACCACACGGUGAUGUAUGGACCCCUCCCGGCUCUGAGUGUUCUCAGUGUUUAUGUUCGGAGGGUACUGUAACCUGUGAACGUUUUGUAUGUGACUGUUCUGAUCCCAAAGUUAAUCUUAGGUGUUGUCCUCAUUGUGAUCCUCGUGCCUCUUGCUCACAUCAGGCACAACAACACAUCACCUUUCACAGCGGUCAGCGUUGGAUAUACCAAUGCCAGACUUGUGAAUGCCUUUAUGGAGAAAUAGAUUGCUGGCCUUUAGAAUGUCCACCAGUGCAUUGCUCAUCCCCUGAACGGGUGCCUGGUGACUGUUGUGCCCGUUGCCCCGAUGAUCCCUGUAUGGCCUCGGAAACGAGUAAUACGAGUAUAGGUACAGGCCUUGCGGAUACCUCUACCCCCCAAGGUUGCCAUUAUCUGGGUGCCACAUACCCCCCUGGUGCUGAGUGGGCAGCAUUGAAUGAUGACUGCACUACCUGCAGGUGUCAGAUGCCGUACUGCUGGGAGGGUGAAGGUCGGGGUGGCGCGGUCCGUGUACACCGGGUGGACAGGUGUGUUGUCGUUACCGCAGCAGCUGUGUGGGUGAUGGGUACUGGACUGCCCUUCCAGUUAUCCUCCAUGGUGCUUCGUGGGUUGGGAACACUCCACCUUCUACUGUUGGGGGUGCUAAUGUGCUUUAUAGCUCCCCUCCUUCGCUGUUUCACAGCUCUGUGGCGGCUAUUACUGAAAUUGCCACAGGUAUGGGUGGCACCCCCAUCACCCCCAAGAAGGCCAAAGGGAAGUCCGUCAGGAACCACCUGCACCAGCCCAGUUUUGCCCGCACCCCGUCGCCCACCAGACCUGCCCCUCACCCUCAUGCCCCCUUGGUGGUGGGCACCAAAAACCCUGUGGGUAGUACUCCCCUGCCCCAUGAUGUGCCUCAGACAUUUCCCCCACUGGGGACAACUAGUGAUAGUGACAUUGCAAAGACUUAUGGGGUGCCAGAUACUUGGCACUAUAGACAAGUAUAUCGAAAUCCCAUCUCAUGGAUCCGAUCUCGUAAAGCACAAUUUUUCAGGGAGCACCGAGAGAGGCAGAGAAAAAGAGGGCCAUAAGUUAAAUAGGGCACAAGAUAAAAUGUGUCUCAGUUUAAUCCCCAAAGCCACAUCACCUACCUGAGGCUGGCCUUGCCCCGCCACACCACGACUCAUUCGGCAGCAGGAGAUAUCUGAUGUAUCCUUGCCUUCUGCUCACUUUAUGCAGGCUUUAUGAGGAAUAUCACCAUACAGAGGAUCUAAUCACGACCUAGCUGGUUGUUGGGAGUUGGAAUGCCCAUAGGCAGGAAUAGUAACCAGUUAAUAAGAAGAGAAGUCCCAUCUUUGUCAUCUACAAAUGGUGAGGCAUCAGCAAGGGGUGACUGUCCCAUUCUCGUAGCUGCUCCUUAGCUACUUCUUUCAUGCAACUCUUAUUGACAAGUUGUAUUCCCCCAUGCCCUCCGCAGCAGCAGCAGCAGCAGCAGCAGCAGCUAUUGCAAGUUGUAGAUCCCACAGUGAGGUCUGCUGUACCCUAGUCCGCCUCAGCUGUAGCCUCGCCUGCCUCUGCCUGUCAAGCGUUAGUCUUCCUCAAGUCGUGGGUCAGUGUAGCGGUGGUCCUAGGGGAUGUGAAGCGCCUGAUACAGUGUUCCUGGGACUGUCUGGUCCGUGUGUCCCGAAUUUAUCGGCUGAAACUUAGAAUUCGAUAGUGUAAAGCGGGUGCUCGGAGGUAUGGUUGUGUUGUACAUAUCAUGUAUAUAGCGCUUUAGGCUCACCAGGCCAAUUAUUAUUUUGGUGAUUCAAAGUGAAUGUUGCCAUAGCCCAGACUGCCAUGAAUUGAUGCAAAGACUGUUCACUUGUUUUAUCUCUGGUCAUUCCAUAUCCUGCUAGUCAUGUUAGUCUUGUCCUGAUUUUGUUGCAUAAGGUACUGUCAAUUGUGCAUUUACAACAUACAGGAAUAUACAUUCCUUUUGUCGCAUAAAUGAAAAUGUUGAGAUUUUACAAGAAAUGUUAUCCUGCACUAUAGUUACAUAUUAUCAAGUCUCUAGUCAUUCCUAAUCAAUAUCCUGUAAUAUCUGCUGACUAAACUGCCUACAGAAUGAUUAAACUCAGUAUUGUUAUCAAACACAACAUUAUCUGUGUAUUUACUUGUCUAUGUCCUGUCAACUUUUGUUACAUUGACAUAGAGAUAAGUCACUAGUGACCUUUUGGGCUUUUUCAUGUUGACAUCAGCUUUGCCCACGUUCAACAACCUUCUAGACACAUUUGGUUUAGGUGUUUGU